AUGACUAGCGAGGACGCGCUUGAGCUGCCGCCGGCGACGCUCUUCCGCUGCCCGCCAUGCCUCGCCCUCCCAACAGCAGACCCACACGCCCUCGCGGUGGAGUGCAUGCUUCGCUUUGUCGGCGCGCACUACGUGAAGCGCGACGCUCCACUGCCCGUUGCACUUGAAGUUGCCGCUAGCAGCGGGAGCAGCAAGAUGGUGCGGUACAGUGGUCUCGCUUCGUGUCUGCAGUCCAUUGAGAACAGCACACGCCUUGACGCGGAAGCCCUUUCGCACGAGCAGCGUACCCUCUCGCUAUGUGUGAAGGCGCUGGUUGAGAAUGAACUCCUCCCCGCGUUCGUGUACAUCACUCACAGUGACACACCUCUAUUCAAGAAUGCAAUUCGGAAAGGUGUUGUGCCAAAAGUUGCAACCGCGUGGCAGCGGCUGCGUGGGACGUACCGCUGUGGUGUCCUUGAGAAAAGUGCGUGCUGUGGGCGUUACAGCAACCUCGAGGAGGCCCUUGAGAGGAUGGAAAGUGGCCUACGCGCCCUGGAGACGCUGCACGUUGCCAACGCCAAGGCUGCUGGUAACUUUCUUUUGGGAACUGAGCGUCCGUGCGGCGCUGACGCAUUGGCGUACGCCGCGGCAUCAUCGUUCUUGCACGCCGACUUCGUCAGCAACUGCGCAUCGGGCGCCGUUGUGCGGGCGCAGCGGCGGGUGAAGGAGGAGUGCCCGGCGCUGCUCGAGUACGUAGAAAGACUGCGGCUGCUCUAUUUUGAAGAGUACAGUGGCUUCUACACACUGCGGGCGACGGGAGGGCCCGAUGCGACGGCUGCCGACCCAAAGCACGCAAUGGACGAGACGUUCCGUCAAGGGCGGUGGGCGGUGCUCGCGUGGACUGCGGGAUUCGCCGCGGUGUACUUCGUGCUGACGAACGCCGAACUUAUUCUGGCGCUGCUGUCGGAGUUCGACGGUGAGGAGAUGUUGGAGGAGGAGGAGGAGCAACACUAG